UUACAUUUAUGGACCGAGGAUUUGUGUUUAAGAUGGUUAACAAUUACAUCAGCAUGUUCUCCUCUGGUGACCUCAAGACCUUAUGCCAGUAUAAAUUUGAUUUUCUUCAAGAAGUAUGUCAGCACGAACAUUUUAUUCCUUUGUGUCUCCCCAUAAGAUCUGCAAACAUCCCAGAUCCUUUGACACCUUCGGAAUCAACUCAAGAGUUUCAUGCAUCAGAUAUGCCUGAAUAUUCAGUUACAAAUGAAUUUUGCCGCAAACACUUCUUAAUUGGAAUUCUACUCCGAGAAGUUGGCUUUGCCCUGCAGGAAGAUCAAGACAUCAGACACUUAGCUUUAGCUGUCCUAAAAAACCUAAUGGCUAAGCAUUCAUUUGAUGAUCGAUACAGAGAACCAAGAAAGCAGGCCCAGAUAGCAAGUCUGUACAUGCCCCUAUAUGGCAUGCUUCUGGACAACAUGCCAAGGAUUUACCUGAAGGACCUGUAUCCUUUUACUGUCAAUACAUCUAAUCAGGGAUCUAGAGAUGAUUUAAGCACCAAUGGAGGAUUUCAAAUCCAGACAGCUAUGAAACAUGCGAACUCUGUGGAUACCUCAUUUUCUAAAGAUGUUUUAAAUUCCAUAGCAGCAUUUUCAUCAAUAGCUAUUUCUACAGUAAACCAUGCUGACUCCAGAGCCUCCUUAGCAAGUCUUGACUCCAAUCCCAGUACCAAUGAGAAGAGCAGCGAGAAGACGGACAACUGUGAAAAGAUCCCACGACCCUUGUCUUUGAUUGGCUCAACUCUUCGGUUCGACAAGUUAGAUCAAGCAGAAACCAGGAGUCUCCUUAUGUGCUUUCUUCACAUUAUGAAAACGAUUUCAGACGAGACUCUCAUUGCCUACUGGCAGAGAGCACCCAGUCCGGAGGUGUCCGACUUCUUCAGCAUCUUGGAUGUUUGCCUUCAAAAUUUCAGAUACCUAGGAAAACGCAAUAUAGUAAGAAAAAUUGCUGCUGCAUUUAAAUUUGUGCAGUCCACCCAGAACAAUGGAACUCUCAAAGGAUCCAAUCCUUCCUGCCAGGCAUCAGGUCUCUUGUCACAAUGGAUGCACACCACUUCCAGUCACGAAGGACAUAAACAGCACAGAUCACAAACUUUACCUAUAAUACGAGGCAAAAAUGCACUUUCUAACCCCAAACUCUUGCAGAUGUUAGACCAUACCAUGACCAGCAACUCCAAUGAAAUAGACAUCGUGCACCAUGUAGACACUGAGGCUAAUAUAGCUACAGAGGUUUGCCUCACUAUCCUAGACCUGUUAUCCCUCUUCACUCAGAUUCACCAGAGACAACUCCAACAAUCUGACUGUCAAAAUUCCUUGAUGAAAAGGGUCUUUGAUACCUACAUGAUCUUUUUCCACGUCAACCAGUCGGCCACAGCACUAAAGCAUGUGUUUGCCUCCUUGAGACUGUUUGUAAGCAAGUUUCCUUCAGCAUUUUUUCAAGGGCCUGCAGACCUCUGUGGAUCAUUCUGCUAUGAGGUCCUAAAAUGCUGUAACCACAGGUCACGGUCAACUCAGACAGAAGCCUCAGCACUUCUGUACUUUUUCAUGAGGAAGAAUUUUGAAGUUAACAAGCAGAAGUCAAUUGUCCGGUCCCACUUACAACUCAUCAAGGCUGUAAGCCAAUUAAUAGCCGAUGCUGGGAUUGGAGGGUCUCGGUUUCAACAUUCCCUUGCAAUUACCAACAAUUUUGCCAAUGGAGACAAGCAAAUGAAAAACAGCAAUUUCCCAGCAGAGGUGAAAGACCUAACUAAACGUAUAAGGACAGUUUUGAUGGCCACAGCUCAGAUGAAAGAGCAUGAGAAGGACCCCGAGAUGCUGGUGGAUCUCCAGUACAGCCUGGCCAACUCCUAUGCGAGCACCCCCGAACUACGGAGGACCUGGCUGGAAAGCAUGGCCAGGAUUCACGCAAGAAAUGGAGACUUAUCAGAGGCUGCUAUGUGUUAUAUCCAUAUAGCUGCCCUCAUCGCAGAAUACCUGAAAAGAAAGGGUUACUGGAAAAUGGAAAAGAUUUGCACACCUUCCCUGCUCCUGGAGGAUACCCAUUCCUGUGAUAGCAAUCCAUUACUAACAGCUCUUGGCAGAGGAAGCAUGUUCUCCAUGGGAUGGCCUGCUUUUCUGAGCAUUACACCAAAUAUCAAAGAAGAAGGAGCAAUGAAAGAGGAUUCAGGAAUGCAGGAUACACCAUACAAUGAGAAUAUCCUGGUGGAGCAGCUGUACAUGUGCGUGGAAUUUCUUUGGAAGUCUGAGCGGUAUGAACUCAUCGCUGAGGUCAACAAGCCCAUCAUUGCUGUCUUUGAGAAGCAACGAGACUUCAAAAAAUUGUCAGAUCUCUACUACGACAUUCACCGGUCAUAUCUGAAAGUGGCAGAGGUGGUGAACUCAGAGAAGCGGCUCUUUGGUCGCUACUAUCGUGUGGCAUUUUAUGGGCAGGCUGUGGGGUUUUUUGAAGAAGAAGAAGGUAAAGAAUAUAUUUAUAAAGAGCCUAAACUGACAGGUCUUUCUGAGAUUUCGCAAAGACUACUCAAGCUCUAUGCAGAUAAAUUCGGAGCAGACAAUGUGAAGAUAAUCCAGGAUUCCAACAAGGUAAAUCCCAAAGAGCUGGACCCCAAAUAUGCCUACAUCCAGGUGACCUACGUCACCCCAUUCUUUGAUGAAAAAGAAACAGAGGACCGGAGGACAGACUUCGAGAUGCACCACAAUGUCAACCGCUUUGUCUUCGAGACACCCUUCACGCUGUCGGGCAGGAAGCACGGCGGUGUGGCCGAGCAGUGCAAGCGACGCACCGUGCUCACAACGAGUCACUUGUUCCCCUAUGUGAAGAAGAGAAUACAAGUCAUAAGCCAGUCGAGCACAGAACUGAAUCCUAUUGAAGUGGCAAUUGAUGAGAUGUCCAAGAAAGUGUCUGAGCUUAAUCAGCUUUGCACCGUGGAAGAGGUGGACAUGAUCAGACUGCAGCUUAAACUCCAAGGAAGUGUCAGCGUAAAGGUCAACGCCGGGCCAAUGGCCUAUGCACGAGCUUUCCUUGAAGAAACCAAUGCAAAGAAAUACCCUGACAACCAAGUAAAGCUUCUGAAGGAAAUCUUCAGGCAAUUUGCAGAUGCGUGUGGGCAGGCCCUUGACGUCAACGAACGCCUCAUCAAGGAGGACCAGCUGGAGUACCAGGAAGAACUGAGGUCCCACUACAAGGACAUGCUCAGCGAACUCUCCACAAUUAUGAAUGAGCAGCUCUGUCGAGGUCCGUGUUUGUACAGCUUCUCUUCCUCUGUGUCUAGCAUUUCCCUCAGUACUGUAAGCAAAAGUGAUUCCAGGCAGGGACGACCCGUCACAGCGCGGAGUGGAGCGAACCUGCCCUCGAGUAACUAGCAGGGUGACUCCAGCGCAGCCCACAGUCUGUGUCUCAUCAAGUGCUGAAGUUUGAGCAAAGGUCUGCAGCAGCAGACACACCUCUAAGCGAACUUUCUGAAU